CCGUGUACUUCGGUAGUUUUGUUUCUCUGUUGUCGGCAUGCUAUUUGUAAUUCACAAUGGUGAUAUGUUGCUAUUUGGGAUGCGCGAAUCGCUCGACAUUCGCCUGCAAAGAAUCUGGUAUAACAUACCACUGUUUUCCUCGCGAUUCCUCUCUGCGGCUGGCAUGGGCACAUGCAAUUGGACGUCCAAGCUGGGUCCCAACAAAGAAUAGUGUUGUCUGCUCGAAGCAUUUCAGGAAUGACGAUUUUGACAGGACAUCACCGGCACGAGUCCGCCUACGACAAGGCGCUGUUCCCGUUGCACACUCUUCGGUACACGCUCUACAGCACCUGCAGGUGUUACAAGCCAGCAGACGAGAACCAAGUGAUAGCACAUCAGGUCCCUCUUUUGAACAGGAAGGCAGGUUGGGCCCACACUGCUCUGCGCAAGCUCAGCAGGGGUCCAGUACGGUGAGCCCACACUCUUUGAUCCAUGAUCAGCAGUAUCUACAAGAAACAGAAGUGCCACAUACUGUGUCUGAGCCUGGACCAGAGCUAUGUGACGUGCACGAAGCUAUGGAUGUAUUCGCCUCGUCAACUAUGGGCACAUCAGGUGGUCACUUGGAUACUGCGCUGAGUGGUGACAGCACUGGAUUUGACUGCGAGAAUCUUUCAGCUUUUGAUGACUGGAAUGAGGCAACAUCACCGAGUCUCUUGGAAAGCAGUACCAGUGCUGAAACUCCAAAAUCGUUGAAAUACCCAUCUCUGAUCACUAGUUCCUCCAGCAUUACCUUUUCUACCCCAAGCACCAGCAGAUAUACGCCAUCCCACAGUGGUGGACUUCCUGUGAUUUGCAUGCCUGAUUUUGUGCCACCUGUUCUGGCAACUACGACUCAAAGGUGCAGCACUCCUGUACUCUGAACCAUCAUCUGAGGAUACACCUGUAAAGGCUUUCCUCAAAAAGGAAGUAAAAAGAGUAGGAAACCUUCACACUGUCAGCAAG